ACAAACAAGGACGUCGAAGUGCGCUUUUGACAGUUUCCCAAGUGAGAGAAGUUUUGUUGUUGUUCUACCGUCACGUCCUCGGUUUUGACUCUAUCCUCAGCAGUUUGUCGGUGCCGUGCGUGAACUCGAAUCAUGUCGGACGCUUUGUCUGAGGACGGCAGCGACGUCCAUCAGGAUGACAUGGAGGAUGUUAUGACUCCGGCUGAGCUGAUCGCGAAACUCGAAGAAGCCUGGUUAAAUGAGAAAUUCUCGCCUGAGCUGCUGGAGAACAAGUCCGAGGUGGUCGAGUGCGUGAUGGAGCAGCUGACUCACAUGGAGGCCAACCUGCAGAGAGUGAAGAAAGGUGACGCAAAAGCCAGUGUCCAUCGUAUGGAAAUUGACCGGAUCCGCUUCGUGCUGUGCAGCUACCUACGCUCUCGCCUGCAAAAAAUUGAAAAAUUCUUCCCGCACGUUCUGGAAAAGGAAAAGUCACGAGGCGAGGGCGAACCUUCUCUGCUUUCCCCGGAAGAGUUUGCAUUCGCUAAAGAGUAUUACGCCAACACUGAGACUUACCUCAAGUCGGUCGCUCUGAAGCGCAUGCCACCCAACCUGCAGUCAGUUGACUUGCUCAAAGCAGUGCCUCAGCCAUGCUUGGACUCUUUUGUGUUUCUGCGAGUCAAGGUUGAACACGCCAAUAUCCUGCUGGAGCCUGAAACAGAUGACCAGAGAGAGUAUGUGGUGGAUCUGGAGGAGGGCUCUCAGCAUCUGAUGCGUUAUCGAACUAUUGCGCCGCUCGUGUCGAGUGGAGCCGUGCAGUUGAUUUAAAAGUGGAGGAAUCAGGAGAACAAGCUUGAGGAGAAGCUCAGGCGUUUGGACGAGAUCAAAGAGUUUGUGGUGGACACGCAACGGCUUCUUAUUUUUGGUUGGUUUUUACAAUCGUGUCAGACAUGACCGGAGUUACAUAAGGUUUUCUGAGACCUUGAGGGCAAUUUCCUCUAAUCUGCUUAUUCAUGAUUCGACCAAAUCCAGAUGGCCUGUGUGACUGGACCACGGCCGGCUGGUUACAACAUGCGUCCGUGGCAGAGAUUUCAAAGCCGAAAAUGUGCUUGAAUAUGAAGUGAUGGCGUGAAGCUAACGCAGACGGGAGCUGAAGUUUUCGGCCGAGAGACGUUGUUUUUCCAUGUCUGAACUUUCCGUCCGAUUAGCCCCGAUUGUUUUAACUCUGAAUUAAUUGUGGGUCGUCAGUUUUCAUCUGAGUUAAUUGGGAUAAUGACGCGGUUAUGUAACCACUUCCGUGCUCAAGUCUGUGACCGCACCCAGCUCCAAAACCAACCAGGAGAUGGGAUGAUUUGGCCUGUAGGGAGUAGAGAUGCUCUGAAAACCAAAGUCUCCUACCGUUGGUCAUUGUAUGUGAAAAGAGACGUUUGA